CUCAAGAACAAGGAACAGUGAGCAGUCAGAGGAGAGGCGGCCAGAGGACUAAGAAGCUUCUCUGGACUAAGAAGCUUCUCUGGACUAAGAAACUCCAGAGAGGAGGAAAAGAAGGAGCCUUGGUGCCUGUCUUCUGCUGAGCCAAGAUGGGGGAUUGGAGUUUCCUGGGAGAGUUCCUGGAAGAUGUACACAAGCAUUCCACAGUGAUUGGCAAAGUCUGGCUGACUGUACUCUUCAUCUUCCGAAUGCUGGUAUUGGGUGCGGCUGCAGAGUCUUCCUGGGGGGAUGAGCAGGCUGACUUCCAGUGUGACACGAUUCAGCCGGGUUGUGAGAAUGUCUGCUAUGACCAAGCUUUCCCCAUUUCCCACAUUCGCUAUUGGGUGCUGCAGAUCAUCUUCGUCUCCACACCGUCGCUGGUGUACAUGGGCCAUGCCAUGCACCAUGUAAGGAUGGAGGAGAAACGGAGGCUACGGGAGGCUAAGACGGCCAAAGAAGUACAGAGCCCUGGCUCUUAUGGGUACCCAGUGGCAGAGAAGACAGAGCUCUCCUGCUGGGAGGAAGUGAAUGGCAAGAUUAUCCUGCAGGGCACUCUGCUCAACACAUAUGUCUGCAGCAUCCUAAUCCGUACCACAAUGGAGGUAGCCUUCAUUGUGGGCCAGUACCUCCUCUACGGGAUCUUCCUGGACACCUUGCAUGUCUGUCACAGGAGUCCAUGCCCCCACCCUGUCAACUGUUAUGUAUCCCGGCCCACUGAGAAGAAUGUCUUCAUUGUCUUUAUGUUGGCUGUAGCUGUACUGUCACUCUUCCUCAGUUUGGCUGAACUCUACCACCUGGGCUGGAAGAAGAUCAGACAGCAAUUUGCCAAGUCACGGCAGGGCAUGGCUGAGUGCCAGCUUCCUGGUCCUCCUACUGGCAUUGUUCAGAGCUGUACACCUCCCCCUCACUUCAGUCAAUGCCUGGAGAAUGGUCCUGGGGAGAAAUUCUUUAAUCCUUUCAAUAACAAGAUGGCCUCCCAGCAAAACACAGACAACCUGGCCACCGAGCAGGUGCAAGGCCAGAAGAUUCCUGGGGAAGAUUUCAUUCACAUCCAGUAUUCCCAGAAGCCUGAGGUACCCAGUGAAGUCUCCCCAGGUCACCACCUCCCCAAAGGCUACCAGAGAGACAAACGCCGACUCAGCAAGGCCAGCAGUAAGACCAGCAGCAAGGCCAGGUCAGAUGACCUAUCAGUGUGAUCCUUCAGUGUGAGGGAACCAGGACCAGUUGGGAACAAAGAAAGCUCAGAAAGGGAAGCUGUGUCCCUUCUGACCCCACCUCUUCCAUUCUCAUCACUGUUCUGCUCCUUUUGACAUUGUUCAUUUAUUACACAAGGUAUAAGUAGGGCUCUGUGAGUCAAAGACAUGACUACCCACCCAGGGUUCUGUCUUUUCCCCAUCCUCUACCCGGAAUACUUAGUGAGGACUUUCAGAUUACUCAUUGAGCAGGGUGGAGUAAGGGAUGGGAACCACGGAAAUACCUGGCCUUCGAAGGAUAAGAGAAUUCUCCAUAUACCAUAUAACAUAUGGGUUCUCUGAGUCCCUAUGGCUUUCUUGACCUGAUUACCCUUUUUGCUAUAUGGAAGACCCCAAGGUUCCUAGGUAAUAAAGAGCAUUAAUUAAAGAACUUGCAUGAGAUGUGCUCUUGAAUCUGUUGUCUCCAUAGGCCAAACAUUGAAAGGGUGGUGAGAUUGACUUGGGCUGCCCUUGGCUGCCUCUCCCUCUACCCAGUCUUACUUAAAAAGAGGUCCUUGGAACUUGACCAACAGCCUCAACUUUACAAGUGCCUUGGCAUGUAUGUCUGGCAAAUGUUUCACCUUGGUGAUGCUGCAACAUUUCCUUCUGCCAUGUCCAGAGAGGUACAAGCUCCCCUAGGGAGCCACUGUACACAGACUCCACUGAAAUUCCUGCCACAACCUGUCAACCUAUAGCUUUUUAUAGUUCAACCUGAUGAUAGAAACCAUCCCUUCCCUUCCUCCCUUGAUUGUUUACCCAGUACUCCCCCAAAGACCUUAUUGACCAGGAUACCCAAGAAGCUGCCGUCUUCUCAGAUCCUGACCAGAUCACCAGACAGAGAUGCCAGUGGAAUUUCCCCAGUUCUUAUUAAAACAAAGAGGACAUUGUGUUUCUCAGAAUCCCCUUGGGAAAAAAUAAUUGGGCUGUGAAGAUAAGAAUUAAAGGAAGAGAAAAUGCUGGAAAAUGAUUUUUACCUCUUAUUUAUUUCCCUUGCUGACUACCAACUUAGAAAACCAAGAGGUAUAAUAACAGCUAUAGAGGCCCCCAGAUCUCUCUCUCCCUGGAAGAUUUAGUGGAGGCACAGAAGUAUUGGCAGCAUUCUCUGUCUUAGCAGCAUUCUUAUUUAAGAGCACAGAGAUUCCUGUGUCUCCCUGGUGCUCCUAAUGAAACUGCCAGGUGGAGACUUCAGAAAAGCCCUGCUUUUCCCAGGGACUGACCUUGUUCCUCUAGUCAAUUCAUCUAAAAUGGGUUGCAAUUUUGGGUGAAAGUAAAGGAUGCUCAGAAUUGAAUACUGAUAUAUAUAGGAAAAUAAUUACUUUUUAAAAUGUGUGUAUAUGCCCACUGAUAGGGUGGGUGAAGGGGAAAGGAGGUCUGAAAUAAGGAAAGGACACCUUAGAGAAACUUGUAUCUUUCUGCCCCCCCAAAUGCCUUGCAGAGGGACUGAGCCUCACUGUUUUGUGUCAUCAACUUAAAUGAAUAGGCAUAAGAGGUUGGGACAGAGGAAGGUGAAGGCUCAGAAGGAGGCUGAGCCUCUAGCCCAACAGCCCAUCUCCUGGUCCUUCUGCUAAUAUUUGGAUGGUACCGAUGGGAAGAGAGAAGGCUGAGUGUAGAGAGGUGGAAGGAACUGACUGGGAUGCCAUCUAGGGAAGAGUGAUGGGUCACCCCAGAUUCCUAGAGGGGACACCCUUUUAUCUAUUGUCUGUUACCGGCAUUAAGACUCUCCAAAACAAAACAAAAAAGACUGUCUUCCAUCUCUGAAAUCUGUUUCAUAAAAUGAGUGUUCUUGAAUGAGAAAUGCUAUGAGAUCAGUUUUUGAUGAUGAGGCUUUGAGGAAUAAAAAAAAGAAUUAUGUAUAUAUUUUUUCUUAAUAAAGUCUGUCCCUACCUUUAUCUCUCCUUGUGUGUCUUCCAUAUUGUGACUACAAGAGAAGAAUGGAAGACUUGGUUGGGGAGGGAAGCACAUGGACCUUCUCAUCA